GCGUGAGUGUGUUUGCUUGUCCGAUAAGCCCCGAUAUUGUUUGCGAACCAAUCUGUCGAACCAACAGGAGAAAGCCUGUUAAUCCUAAGAAGAAACGGGGAAACCACGAAAGUUUGCGGUCGAAGUCCUAGCUGGCGUGUGCGCGUGUGUGUGAAUGUGCUGUAGUCAAUCGAUAGCACGACGAUGAUCUCGGAACUGUUCCAAACGAUGCACAAGGCCCGCUUCAGCGGCAUCCGGAUUGUGCCGGAGAACUCGCCCUCGCUGCAGCAGCAGUGCGUGCGGGCGUUCGUCGAGAGCCUGCUGCGGGCCGAGCGCAGCAGCGAGCAGGUGAUGCAGCAGCUCCAACUGCUGCCGGCUCCGCUGCUGACGUCGAUCCUCGAUCGGAUGUGCAGCUAUCCGCAGCUGCGCGGGACGCUGCGCGCCGAGUUGACCGACCCGGUGACGUUCAUGAAGCUCUUCAACGGGUACGCCCCGGACCAGGGCACGCUCGAGAAGUGUCUGCGGGAAGCGGCCCUGGGCGGACGCCCGCAGGUCCUGAAGGACCUCGCUAACCGCUACUGUGAUAUGCUGCGCACGGUGGUCCUGCCCACGGUGCUGGGCCGGACCGCGGAGACCGGCGAUGGGGCGGCGGCGGCCAUCACCAUCAUGGGGCGCGUGCUGGAGACGCUCAAGUUCGGUGACUACCUGUGCGAGGCCGGUUGGUGCCGGUCGGCGGUCGAUGUUCUGACCGUGACCGAAGAGCUGGUGAGCCUGCUCGAUGCGCACCGCGGAACGUCACCGCGCGGCCACUUGGCGGCCAAGUGUCGCGUGCAGCUGCUGCGCGCCCAGAUCGGCGCCUGUCAGACGGUGCGGGCGGCCAGUACCGUCGAAAAGUUGCUGUCCUUCGUUCACGCAACGGAGCAGCAGCAACGGCGGCCGGAUGGUUCACCACCGCCCACCGGCACCCUUCUAGUCAAGGUGUUCCUGCAGCUCGGGAGCUACUACUACUACGUGCACGAUCUCUCUCGCUGCCAUUUUUGGGCACUGCGCGCCCUCGCGACGCUGGACGCGAGCGCGGAGUCGACGCCGGCGGCGGCCGGCGAUGUGAUCGAGGUGCUGCAGCUAAUCGCCCAGUUCUGCAUCGCGAAGGAGCGCCACGACCUUGGCAACAUGCUGAUCAGCCAGGCGGUGCGGCGGGCCCGGACCCACUACGGAAGUCUGCACCGCCGGUACGCGGACGUCCUUCAGCAGUACGGGUUCGCGUUGCUGCGCAUGAACGCGACCGGACCAGCGACCACCGCGUUUACCGAGUGUCUCGACAUUGUCGGCCGCGUUUACGGUCUGCUCAGCCCGCACGCCGUCGUCCUGGAGGGCUACCUGGCGCACUGUCUCUACCUGCGGUCGCACACCACGGGCCGCUUCGAUAUGGCGCUCCGGCACGCCAACGCUGCCCUAGAACUGGUCCGCCAGCUGAUGCCCACGAGCCGGCUGAUCCGCCGCCAGCUGGAGGCGACCCGUGAUCUGAUCCUGCGCGGACCGGACCGUAACCGGGAGACCAAAGAGAGUGACCCGGCCCGCGAGCGGGACUAUCGUCCGUUUACGCUGCACGAAAUCCGCGAGAAGUUCUUCGAGCUGGACUCGUUGUUCGAAAGGGAAGCGGCAUCGGCGACGGCGGCCUCGAACCUGCUGGUGUGCUGAUGGGGUGGUGUGAUGGAGCAGAGCGAAAAUCUCGAAGGACACCGAGAUCAGUUUAUUAUGUCUCCUACGUUUUUCUUUUUAUCCAUUUUGUUCGCCACUUUGUCGAAUAGGAAGUAGGAAGGCGCGCAAGGUCCCACCAAACCUCCCCGCCGAAAAAGGCCCCCUAAAGAUAAAGCUAGACCCUAAGAGAGUGAGUGAGCGGGAGAGGAAGCGAGUGGUGGAGAGAGAGAGAGGAGACGUUACCGCCUAAAGUCCAAUCUGAGACGUCUAUUUUUGUAAGACGCUUCAAGUCUAAUAAAACGUAAGCAUUUGAAAACAAUCUUGAUAAAAACAAACAAAAGCUCUUCUCGCUUAAUU